GGAGAAUGAUGAAACUAGUUUCUAUUUCUAUUAUAUUUUUAUUAUUUACAAGUUUGGUGGUUUGUUUCCAUAAUUGCAUUAGUAUCAAGGACUGUAAUAGUAUUUUAGACGCCAUGGCUACAUAUCCACACAAGAACACCACGAUAUAUAGAUCGGUUAGAAGAAUUAUCAAUGUAAACUGUGGCCGACAACCCACCUGUACAAUGAGCGCAAAUUGUUCUAGUUUUAUAAAUAGCUAUAAUGUUCACAAAGCUGAAAUAGAAGAGGUGCCAAUAGAUUUUAGAAAUGCAUUAUAUGAUAUUCUUGAAAACAAUUGUUAUUUAGUUUUUGAACGAAAUCAGACAUCAUCAAGUGCCUAAUUACCACACUGUGGGGAUGGGUUUCAUCACCACAUUUUUAAUUAUAUUAUUAUUAUUAUACAUUGUAAUACCAUUAUUGUUAUUAUUAUUUUAAAAUAAAAAAUAGAUUUUGUUACU